CCUCAAUCUCCAAAUCAUCACUUGUGUUUGACAAACGAACAACUUAAGGGUAAAAAAAAAAAAAGAAAAAAGGAAUAAGAUAAGGUGGAGGAUGUUAGUGUUAGUCAUCGACCACACAGAACCAGACCCCAUGACAUUCCUCUAAACCACUACUUUCCAUACCUUUCAAUUUCCUUCCUUAUUCAUUCUACAUUACUCUUCACAAAAAUGGCGUCUUUGCAACGGUCCAUUUUCCCGUCCAUUCAUCAAAAGUUUCUCCCUUCCAACUCUUCUCAGGUAAAUAAUGCAUCUUCUGGGAAAAGGGUUUCUGUUUUGGGGAAGGCUGAUCGAGUUUCAUCAACAACAACAGCUUCAUGUUCUUCAUUAUCUUACCAAGAUGGAAUAGCAAGGAGAAAAUUGCUAGCUCUUGGUGCUACUAUCCCUGGAAUUUUGCUAUUCUCGAACACCCCUAUCUCAUUUGCUGCAGAAUCUAAGAAGGGAUUCCUUUCAGUCACUGAUAAGAAGGAUGGCUAUACAUUUCUGUAUCCGUUUGGAUGGCAGGAAGUAGUCAUUGAAGGUGAAGACAAGGUCUUCAAAGAUGUCAUUGAACCAUUAGAGAGUGCUAGUGUGAAUAUGGUUCCAACGGGAAAAGAGGAUGUUCGAGAGUUCGGACCUCCAGAUAAGGUUGCCGAGACUUUGAUUAGAAAGUUCCUUGCUCCUUCUAACCAGAAAACAAAACUUAUUCAAGCAAAGGAGCAAGAAAUCGAAGGCAAAACGUAUUACACAUUCGAGUUCAUGGCACAGGCUCCGAACUAUACCCGCCAUGCGCUCAGCGUAAUUUGUAUUAAUAAUGGUAAGUUCUACACUUUGACAACAGGUGCAAAUGAAAGGAGAUGGGAUAAAAUGAAAGACAGAUUAUACACUGUUAUUGAUUCCUUCAGAGUCUUCAAUGCUUAAUUAUGGUAAACUAGACUUUUCAUAUUCACUACCCUAUACUAUUUCUUGCCUCAUUUUUUGCACAAAUUUGGCUAUCUUUCGACAUUUAAAUCUCCGAAAACUUCAAUCUUGGAGAACACAGAGUUAUUUAUAUUAGACCCUUUUUUCGUUUUUCUGAUAUCACUAUUUGUGUAAUAGUUUCGUGAUCAAUGGAGAUUUGUUUUCCUUAAUUAUGAUCUCUCGAUGAAUAAGCUUAAGUGUUUCUACUGAUAGAUCAUGACUAAACAUUUCAUGGUGUUUCGAGGAAGUAUUCACUAAUCUUCUUGCGAAUCGCGAAAAAAAAACGAACUAUAGUCGGUUUUGGGCUAUUUUAAGGUCAUUUUGAGUGAAUUGCGAAUUACUCAACGAAUUAUGUUACACUGCAACAGUUCAUAGUGUAAAAAGAUCGUGUUGAAUAGGCUAAAUCAUAAAGGAUUUCGUAUUGGUGUAAAAAAACGCGUAUAAUACUGGUUUAAUGAUAUCUUCUUAUUACUAUCGAUAUUUGACGAUAGCACAAAGGCAUCAUACAAUGCAUAUUCUAGAAAUCGGGAUCGAAACUACAAUUUUUCUGGCACAAUUUAAAGCAGGUAUAUUCCGUAUAUAUCAAAAUUCAGCAAAAAGAACUGUGGGUCAAUAAUUUAGAAAGAUGUGAAAAGCCUGGAGAAAAAGAAAAGGACAAUAAGAAGUGGUGGUUGGGGGAGGUCAAUGAAAGAUUAAUAUCUACUCAUCUGUCAUAUCGAGUAUUGAGAUUGAUAACAUUUCUUCUUACAAUAUAUUAUUAUUAGUAACAAUUUCAAAGGGUCUGAGAUAAGCCUGUCAAAAGUUAACUCGACUUGCUAAUUGGAUCUGAACCUAACACGAAAUAAGUGCAUUUGGUUUAAGUUUUUUGACCCAAUUAAUUAAAUGAGUCGACCCGACCUGAUCUGAUCUGUUCAUUGAAUGGAUUAAGUUCAGGUUAAAACUUUAAAUCUAAAACAAUCUUGUAUAACCCAUUUAUUUAAACGUGUUAAUUUCGAGUUAAAUAAAUAAGUAUAAUCUAAACUUAAUUAAUUUAAUGUUCUUUUAUUUUUCUUAGUACAUACCAAAUAAACAACAAAUAAACAUAAAGUUUAAAUUAAGGCCUAAAAAUUAGAUGUAAUCAAUGUUAAAAACCUUAAAAUGAAAACAAAAAACUAUAAAGGAGUUAAGUGGGUCGAAAUUAGAUUGACCUGAUCUGUUGUUGGUCGAGUCAAAGUUGUGAUUUUCCACCCAAUUAACUAAAUGAAAUGAUUUUGGGUUAAAGAUUUUCUGAACUGUUUAUACAUGACCUGAAUCUAUCUCAAUAUGACCUGUUUGACACUAUUCCAAGAGAAUAUCAGAAUUAAGUGAGGCUAGUAAUUAGGGUUCUGUUCAUAUAUUUAGACUUACAUCAUCAAUCAGUGUCGGUAAGAUGGAAGAUCUUAGCUUAACUUGGCUUGUUCUUGUUGUUACUUGGACAAAAAAACGUGUCCAGUAUGCUGUACUAAGCUCUAUAGAGUAUCAAUUACAGCAGGCAUUAUGUUUGUUUUUGAAUUUACUGUAGUCUGUAAUACUAAUUACUGUACGCUGUGAUAAUGAUAAAAGAGAAAAUCUUCAUUUACUAGUCUAACCCACAAUUUUAAUUACAAAUUUCAUUU